UGCCGGGGUGCAAUGCACGGGGAGUGCAGUGCCCGGGGUGCCGGUUGCAAUCCCGGGGGGGGCCGGGCCGGUUCCGCCGUUUCCCGCCGCCCUUUGUCCCCCCGCGGCCGCCGUCGGGCCCCGCGCACGCGCACGGCGGAGCCGCCAUGGAGGCGGACGGCGCCUACGAGCCGGGCUUCGUGGGGAUCCGCUUCUGCCAGGAGUGGUGAGGGGACCCCCACAUCCCCCCCGGCACCCCCCAGCAACAACAUGCUGUACCCCAAAGAGGACAAGGAGAACCGGAUUCUGCUCUACGCCUGCCGUAACUGCGACUACCAGCAAGAGGCCGACAACAGCUGCAUCUACGUCAAUAAAAUCACCCAUGAAGUGGACGAGCUCACGCAGAUCAUCGCUGACGUCUCGCAGGACCCCACGCUGCCCCGCACUGAGGACCACCCCUGCCAGAAGUGUGGGCACAAGGAAGCUGUUUUCUUCCAGUCGCACAGCGCCAGAGCUGAGGACGCCAUGAGGCUUUACUACGUCUGCACCGCCCCGCACUGCGGCCACCGCUGGACCGAGUGACGGCGCCCAGAGACCCCCACAAACCCCCCAAAUCACCCCAGAUUGCAGCCGUCACCCCAAAAUGUCCCCUCCCGGCAGCUCCUGUGCCCCCCAACCCCGGGUCUGUGUGUUGUUUCCCCCCUCCCCGUACCCUCCAGUGUGGCAUUUUGGUGGUAAUAAUGGUUAUUUUUGGCA